CCUACUGCUGGGCCGCCUUGUCGCCUCCGGCGUGGUCACCCAGGAGAUGUUAAACAUAUCAAAGAAAUCAGCUCCUUGCUUUGUGAACUUCUCCAGCCUGCAGCAGACCACAGAUAUUCAAGCUGAAAUCUAUCAGAAAAGCCUGGAAAUUGAACUUCUGGAACUAGAAAAAGAAACAGCAGAUAUUGUUCAUCCUUCCUAUUUAGCUGAGAAGUGUCAUAUCCUGCAAAGCAGGAAUAGUCAUCUGGAAGUGAUACUAAAGAAGAAGAGGUCCCUCAGGCAAAGGCUGCUGAAGCCCAUGUGCCAGGAAAAUUUACCUAUGGAAGCGGUGUAUCACAGAUACAUGGUACAUUUGCUACAGUUGGCUGUGACUUUCAUUGAGAAAUUGGAAAGCCAUCUUGAAACAAUUAGAAAUAUCCCUCAUUUAGAUGAAAGUAUAAAGAAAAUGAGCAAGGCUUUAGCCAAGAUGGAUAUUUUGGUGAAUGAGACAGAGGAACUGGCAGAGAAUAUACUCAAGUGGCGAGAACAACAAAAAGAAGUUUCUUCUCAGAUCCCCCAAAUGUUAAGAUGAAGACAACGAUCCUCAUAAACAUAACGUAGUUAUGAAGUCCAUUUCUGGUUGAUGGUCAUUCGGGUAUGUAGGCUUCGCUGCUGCCUGUACUGAAAGAGCUCUGUUUUUAUUGGAGUACCAAGAUUCCAGGGUUCAUUAGGACCAAAUUGACUUUUCCUUUGUUUUUCACACAUUCUUAAUGUACUUUUCAGAAAGCUAAUACAAAUAAAAUAUAGAUGAUUGAUUAAUAUUAAUGAGUUAACCAUUCCUCAGGAAGCUAAUUCUUUUAUUGUCUUUUUUUUUUUUAAGUCAUCUUUCUGAAUUGUCUUCUUGAAUCUGAAAAUGUCCAUGGCAAUUAUUCCUAUGGAAUUGUCAUGGUGUUCAGGGAAGAAUAACACAGGAGGCCUAUUCUUGCAAAGGCGUACUGACAAGGCUGGUCCUUGGCUGACCCUUCUGGGAGUUUAGCUGUCAGGAGGGCUCCCUCUACUCUCACUGACAAGAGUGGCUCAGUGUGACCCAGCUGUUUGUAUAAUAUGGCUUAUGCUGAACACUUGCUUUCUGUGUGGAAGUUGAGAAUUUUGAUACAUGCCAGUAAAAAGGAUCCUUGUGACUAGUCCUUAGUAAAACCCUGGGGUUGCAUCUCUAGCGAAUUUCCCUGAUAGGUAAUAUUUCAUGCAUGUGGUCAUGGUUCAGUUGCUGGAGGUGUGAGGCAUAGCUUGGGAGUUCCACUGGCAAUGGACCAGUACCUGGUUUUCCCCAUACUUUGCCCCAUGAACCUGUCCCCUUUGCUCUUUUGAUGUGUGUGUGUGUGUGUGUGUGUGUGUGUGUGUGUGUGUGUGCAUGUGCGCAUGUGGAGCACCUGCUCUACCACUGUGCUAUAGCCUGGCCCUUGCCUUGCGUGCUGUGCUGUACUAGACCUUGGUUAUAAAUAUGGUGAUGUGCUGAGGCCUAUGAGUCCUCAUAGCAAACCAUGUUCUUGUACUCCCCAAUGCACUGGUCAAUUCCUGAGGGUGUUCACUUAGGAACAGGCAAAGAAGAAAAGGACAGCAAGGAAAAGAAACAACACGUUAUAGUAAAUUUGUUACUGUUUAUCUUGUAAAACGCUCAGACAUUUUGUGAGGACCAAGUUUCCAGGUCACGGUGGGUGCCAUGCCCCUUACCCAGAA